AUAUAUAGUGUAACCUUGUCACCGCUUCCUUCCGCCAAGACCAAACCAAUUAGCUCAGAGACAUGGCGAAGUCUCUUGCAUGGGCUACCUGCGGAGAGGAGGAGAGGGUCUGUGUAGGAUGGAUCGAGAGGUACUUCAACGACUGCGUGUGUAGCGUAAGAGGUGAGCUAUCGUUUGGCCUCGGUAUGAUCAGCCUCUUCUGCUGGGGAAUAGCAGAGGUACCACAGAUCAUCACCAACUUCCACAACAAGUCUGGCCAUGGCAUCUCCCUUGCGUUCCUCCUGACUUGGGUCGUUGGUGACAUCUUCAACCUGGUGGGUUGCCUUCUCGAACCAGUAACGCUGCCGACCCAGUUCUAUACAGCACUGUUAUACACGGCCGUCACAGUGGUUUUGGUGCUGCAAAUUCUGUAUUACGAUUGCUGGCUAAGAUGUUGUGAGAGCAGAGGUUUCGCGGCUCAACUAGAGGUUGAAGAAGACAGCUGCAAACCUUUGAAUCCGAAUUCUGAGGGUCACAGUCAUCACCUACCAACUCUUACUGCCGCGCCUACAGCAUCACCUCGUGCAGAUGUAUGCUAUACGUCGGCGAGGUCUUUGGCGAGCAGUGGGACUCCACCGUAUAGAUCGUCCUACCUUGGACCAGCUCGAAGUGGUCCAUCAGCCUCGGGGUACUUGGAGUCGUCGGGUUCUGAUGACGAGAGAUCAGCACGGCACCGAUCUUGGCGCAGCGGCAUGAGUAAGCCCAUCAGGAUCCUCUCUCGCUCGGUUGGCUAUGGGACUUUUGCAGCUGCCUCGGUCACUUUACCAUUUCAAACCAAAGCUUCAAUGGAGGAAGGAGGCAUAAAAUCACUGGAAGAGAACCCUUAUGGGCUGCUGUUAGGAUGGGUUAUGGCUGCCAUUUACAUGGGAGGCCGCCUGCCUCAGAUAUAUAUGAACAUCAAGCGUGGGAGCGUGGAGGGAUUAAAUCCUCUAAUGUUCAUGUUUGCACUCGCUGCCAAUGCAACUUAUGUUGGAAGCAUACUGGUAAGGAGCAUUGAGUGGGAAAGAAUUAAGGCUAACUCACCUUGGUUGCUGGAUGCAGUAGUCUGUGUUCUUCUUGAUCUAUUUAUCAUCCUACAAUUUGCCUACUACAAGUUCAUGCACAAAAGGAUGACAAGCAAUGAGGAUGAACAUGAAGACUUCAUGGAAGCCAAGGAAACACUGGUCUGAAAACUUUGUGGUAUAUAUGACACUAAUCCUUGUGCUUAUAUUUAAUACGGCACUUGUUCUUGUUAUUUCCUUUGUGAAGUUGAGUGAUUUGUAUCCUAUAUUUGUACCAAUAGCUGCAUGCCACGAGUUUUCCUCGUUAAUUUUCUUCAGGAUAUUCACAUACAAGCAAAGAAAGUCAUCCCUGCGCGCCACUGCAGAUUCAUAAUGUCCAUAUUCUUCCCACUCCCUGUUGUAUUGAGUAUAUGAAAUCAUACAACUGCAGACUCUGCCA